AUGGCUACCAACUAUAAAAUAUUACUGGAGUUUGAAAACUUUGUAGUAGCUUCUAGAGAUAUUAAAGAGCACCGUGUACUCUUAUUCACUACAAAUACCAGCACAACAGCGUUGGUGGAUUACUUGAACGAUGAUUUUAACUUUGAAAUGAGCUUGAGGCUACUAAAUCUAAAAGACCAAUUAGCAGUAAGGUGCCAGAAGAAUGCUAGCAGCCGAUAUAAACAGUUGAUCAACAGGUUGUUUGCCAAAUUAAUUUUGAAUUAUGUUCUCUAUAUUUACGAUCCAAAAGAUGAAUUUCAACCGUGGAAAGACUUAGAAUUUUCAUAUAAUCAAUUUGGCAAACCAUACUUGACACAGCAAGACUUGUAUCAUUUCCAGUUUAAUAUGAGUUCUUCAAAUGAUAUAAUAGGUAUUGUUGUUGAGUUGAACGCUCUAGGUCCUAUUGGAAUAGAUUUAUCUCAUUCAAGACAAGCCAUAUCACCCACAAAUUUUCUUGAAGAAUUCAAACCAAUAUUUGACCCUGCAGAGAUCGAACAAUUGCUUGAAAUUAAAGAUAUUUCAUAUAGAUAUAUAAUAUUCAAUCAAUUGUGGACUCUUAAGGAGGCGUUCACUAAAUUUUUGGGGAGCGGAUUGAAUAUUGAUCUAUCAAAGUUUUGCUUCUUCUUGAAUAAGUCAAUGGUUGAUGACAGCAUUAUUGCUACUUACGAUAAUGAGUUGCUCAUAUCUAAGUUUGAAGUUGAUUGGAAAAGAGAUAUAGAUUUGAGUGUAUGUAAAUUAUCUGACGAGAAAAAUCCAUUUCUCCUUCAAUUAUCAUCUCACCAUUUCAAUUGCUAUUCAGGGGUAUUAGUUGAGUCUACAAGUAAUGAUUUGCCAGUAAUUGUGUCAAUUAUAAAUCAAACCUAUGAUGGUGAAAAACAUACGGUUUCGAAUAACUUUAAUGUUGAUUUCUUUAGAGUUCUAUCUGAUAUAUAA